GUUUGGAUUUCUUGAUUGGCUAGUAAUACAUGUCCAGGUGACUGAUGGAUGGAGUUAUGAGGCGGCAGGUGGAAGAAUGAGUGUGAGGAAUCCAGGGAGAGUGUGACGAUGGUUGUGGCCGGGGACUGACUAGCCUUUUGUUGGCUUUUCACUCGACUUUUCUCGACGAUUGUAGGAGAAAUGACGAAGGCGCCCAAGCCUGCUGCUGCAGCAGUUGUCCCCUCCUCGUCUGCUGGCCUUCAGCCCCUUCGCGGUGCAAAGAAAUCCAAAAUUGUGAAGAAAGCGAAGUCCAAAACCUCGAAGAAAGCCAAAACUGCAAUCAAUGACGACAAGGCGAGGAAUGAUUCAACGACUGGCGUUGAUAGCCUCAACUCACUUCACGGCCUUGAGAAAUGGGUGUCAGAGUACCAAGCGCAGAGGCCUGGACUGAAGGUUCUGGAAACACAACUGGAUGAAUACAUGGCAGAAUAUGAUGCCAAAGUGAAGGAGGCGGCAGAAGAAAGUGCAAAACAAGCAGCUAAAGAUGAGGGGUGGACUGUUGUCGUGAGCAAACGCGGUCGGAAAAAGAACGCUGACGGCAGUGGAAUUACUGUGGGGGCGGUUGCAGCACUGAAAGCAGCAGACACACAGCCAAAGGCUAAACACCUGUCUGAUUUCUACAGAUUCCAGCAGCGCGAAGCUCGCCGAAACGAGUUGCUGGAAUUGCGGCAUAAAUUUGAGGAAGACAGGCGGAAGAUUGCAAAGUUGAAGGCAGCUCGCAAGUUCAAACCCUACUAGAUAGAAAAGGUACGGAAAGCUCAAUGGGAGGAAUUGCGGUCUCUAGUAGACAAGGAGGUGAGAUGUGAAAUCGUUGGCGAGCACGCGCCAAGUGGUUUGUUUCUGGUUGCUUAUCAGAUCCGUGGCUUCUGUAACUGGAGGGAUUGCAUGGGAUGGGAGGACGGUAGGUCGUAGGUGCCCUUUGAGGAAAGGGUGCUUUUGUUGAUGAUCAAGGGAAGUUCUGCACUCUAUGAAUAUACUACACCGCCGCUUUGGAGCAAACCCGAGCUGAAAAAAAAAAAAAAAAAAAAAAAAAAAGGGAAACGCCACAUGGAUACAUCGUAUAUUGUCUAGUUCCUGCCAGAGUGGUAAAUAAGGCAGAAAGGCGUCACUAGUCAGACUCUCAUCCUUAGGCUGUGAACAUCAUUGGUAGAGUUCUGUGCUUGACAGCCAAUCCAG